AUGGCUAAGAAAGUCAAGUCCCGUACCACGGCCGUCCGGCUGAUAUCCAUGGCAAUGACGGGCUACUAUCGCACCCUGAUCCGGCCGCGCACGCACCGUCCCCUGAGCAUGCUCAAGUACGACCCCGUCGUGAAGAAGAAGGUGCUUUUCCUCGAGGCGACCAAGGGCGGAAAGGCGAAAUAG